AUGCCCUCCAAAAAGAUUGCUCCUCGUCCCAUACUUUUUAGAGAUUAUUCACGACGUAGUCAAUUGCGACUAUCUCAGAAAUUACGAAAAUUUAGACUCGAAAAAGUUCCACAAUUUAACCCCAGAGAUAUACCCGAUAACAUUGUCACUGAAAGGCAAAUUUCGAAUUACGAGACAGUCUCACGAAUUGCAGAUGAUUGUAAUGACACAGAAUCUGAUUCUUCUCACCACGUGAGGAGUAUGGACAAUUCAAAUAGUGAAGAAAAUUUGUCUGACGAUGGUGAAACAGAAGAAGAUACACCAAGUCAUGAUAACCUUCGCAACGAAGAGGAGCAAUGGUUCUCUAGUGAUGAAGGUGAAGAAGAAGAUUUUUCUGAGGAUGGUAGUGAGGAGACCUACGACGAAGAUGACAUCGAAGACCAGGAAGAGGAAGAUCCCCUUCUGUACCCCGGGGCACGACUUACAGUUGGUGACAGCUUACUAGCAGUUUUAACAUUAUUUCUCCGUCAUUCAUUUUCUGCAGCCUGUUUAGUUGAUAUUUUACACCUUAUCGAAUUAGUCUGUAUCACACCAAAUAAGUGCAAAAAGACUUUUUAUAAAUUUAAACAAUAUUUCGUCAAGGCUUACCCACCAUUGAAGAGACGAUUCUAUUGUGCCAGGUGUUUUGAAGUACUCAAAACCGAUAAAACUCAGUGUGGAAACUGUUUAGAAGAAACUCAGGUAGCUUAUUUUAUAGAAAUAUCACUAAUUAGUCAACUCCAGAUAUUAUACCGGCGAUCAGAUUUUGUUAAUCAUUUGCAGUAUCGAUUUACUAAAACAAAAAUCAAUGACGAAUUCUAUGAAGACAUUUAUGAUGGAAAAGUCUACCGAGAACUUUGCCAGCCAGGUAGCAUUUUAUGCAAUCCAAACAACAUUUCCUUCAUGUGGAAUACUGAUGGUGUGUCUUUAUUUAAAUCGUCAAAGUUUUCAGUUUGGCCAUUUUUCUUAAGUAUUAACGAGCUACCUUACGAUCAACGAACCAAAAAAGAGAAUUUGCUUUUAGCAGGCUUAUGGUUUGGUCCAAAUAAACCUUUGCCACAGUUAUUUCUGCAAUUCAUAUCCGAAGAAAUUGAAAUUUUGAGGAAUGGAGUCGAUUUUUAUGUCUCAGGACUUGAUGAUCCUGUUAGAGUCCAAGGUGCAGUAAUAUGCGGUACCUGUGAUGCACCAGCAAAAGCUUUAUUUUUAAAUAUGAAGCAGUACAAUGGCGAAUGGGGCUGCCAAAAAUGUGAGGCUCGAUCACAGCAAUACGAAGAUAAUAAUGUUCGUGUUUAUCCAUUUAUUGGAAAUCUAAUAGAACGUACUCAGGAAGAGACUGAUCGCCUCGCUGCGCAGGCAGUGGAUUCUGGAAAAGCUCCGAAAGGGGUAAAAGGACCCAGCGCAAUAUCGGCUUUGUCAUCAAAUUAUAUCCGUAGUACUGCCAUAGAUAUUAUGCAUUGUGUUUUUCUCGGUGUUAUUAAAGACCUCCUUACCUUAUGGUUCUCACCAAAGUACAGAAGCAAACCUUGGUCUCUUUUCCAGUUUAAAAAAAUUGUGGACGAUAAAGUCUGUGCAAUGACACCCCCUACUUUUGUAUCUCGAUUACCUCGUGCGAUUUCAGAAAAUUUAAGUUAUCUGAAGGCCUCAGAAUUGAAAAAUUGGUUUCACUAUUACUCCCUUCCCAUUUUAGAAUCAAUUAUGUCACCUGUAUAUUUAGAGCAUUAUCAACUAUUCGUUAAUGCAAUAUAUUUAUUGAGUUUGAAUAGUGUUUCAGGGGAUAUGGUAAACCUUGCAGAUAAAUUCAUUUUUGAGUUUGUUUUGAGAUUUUCGGAUUUAUAUGACCUUAGAUUUAUGUGCUCCAAUUUACACCUCACUCGACACUUGCCAGGAGUAGUUCUAGAUUUUGGACCGCUCUGGGUUACUUCGUGUUUUGCUUUUGAACAUGUCAAUGGCCAAUUGAAAACUCUUAUCAGAGGAACACGAUUUGCAGGUUUACAAAUUUCAACGGGUCUAUCAUACUUCAUGGCUCUACCUGAACUAAAAGAACAAUUACAACCCGCAAGUGAUAUUCGCAAAUUUUGUGAUCGUUUAAGUAGACCAGAAAAAAAAUAUAAAUCUCACGAGAUCGCUCCCAAAUUACAUAUUGUAGGUAUAAUAAAGAGAACACUGCAUCUAUCAGGGACUAUCAUUGAAGCUAUGGUGUCUGCAGAUUUCAUAGCCUCCAAUCUUAGUAUAUUUUAUCGACUAUGGAAAAACAAAUCAUUGUAUAUUUCGACAAUGUACAAGCGCUGUAAAAAGACAGAUUCAUCUUGUGUUCGAUAUAAUUCUAAUGGUCGAAUUGAGUUCGGAAUUAUCAAGUGUUUCAUGAGAGUUUCGAAUUGCAAUUGCAAGAGUUAUUGCAGUAGUGAUCAGUGCGAUUCACAGUACUGUGCUAUUAUUGAAAAAUGCAUUACUCUUCCACGAUUCAAUUCCAGUCUAAAUGAUGAUUCUUUGAAUUCCGAUUUCAAUUACUCAGGAGUCUAUGAAUGUACACUUACUGAUAAUUUAAUUGCCGUGAACAUCAAUGAAAUUUCACAUAUCUGUUUUUUUCUGAAAAUUUCGAAGAAACAGCACUACAUUGUUGAUCCCACGAAUACAAUUGAAGUGGAAUAAUAAAUA